CAAAGAUCGAUUUAAGCAAUGGGCUGAAGGAACACAAGUUCUUUGGGCUAAGGCUCAACUUCAGGAGGAGACAUACAAUAAUAUUCACGAAAGAAUCUGAACUGAAGAAACCUGCAAGAGGAACUCCCACCACGUCAUACAAAAGGGGUGGAGUUCUGACUGUUCAAGAAGCUCAAAUGUGGAAGAAUGAGAAGGAAGAGAAGAAGAAGCAAACCGCAAUUAAGAAAGCAACAAAGGAUAUCAAAGUUACUAUCAAUAAGGCAAAAGCGGCUCUCAAUCGGCAUGGUAUUGAUGCUCAAAAGGCUGAGAAAGAACGCAAGAAACAGGUCAAGAUUAUACAGUCUCAAGGGCAAACCAUUCCAGCUGCCUUGUUAAUACCAAUUCUGGACCCUGAGAAGAAUCCAACACCCGAUGAUCUAGAAUCACUCCUACCACCACCAGACCUCCUCCAGGUUCUUACCUUACUUGAACCGCCUGCUAUUUUCAAUACUUCAGUGAUCAAUCCACAGCUAUUAGACAGUGCAAAUAGAAUUUUAGAGUUGGAAUAUGAAAUGAGACAACCAGGUAGUGGGAUUGGAAAUAUACCAUCUCAAGAUACUGAAAAUUAUGGUACAGAUGAGGAUUUGUGGGAUGAAUCUGAUUCUGAUUUAUCAUGUAUAUCUUUAGACUCUAUUGUACAGAAUGUCAAUUUUGUAGCCUUCUAUUAAAAUAACAUAGUAGCUUAUGUUUUCUAUUGUAUACUACACAGAGGAUAGUUUUCUGAAUUUCUACCUCAUACCUGGUCAUCAAAUAUCACUCUAAAAUUGAGAAAAAAUUGAGAAAAAAGAAAAAAAAGAAAAAAAA